AUGGAUCCCUUCAAGGGUCUCUUCGACCCGGAGAGCGGCGGGGAUGGCGGCGGCGGCGGCGGGAGCGGCGGGGCUGCCCCGGGCCCCGGCGUCCCGCUCUGGACGGCCGUGUACGACUACGAGGCGAGCGCCGAGGACGAGCUGAGCCUGAGGCGGGGGGACGCGGUGGAGGUGCUGUCCAAGGACUGGACCGUGUCCGGCGACGAGGGCUGGUGGACGGGCCGGGUCCGCCGGCGGGUCGGCAUCUUCCCGGCCAACUACGUGGCGCGGGAGCCGCCGCCGGGAUACGGCGAGGCGGCGGCGGCGGCGGCGGGAGGAGGAGGAGGAGGAGGAGGCGGCCCUGGAGGAGGAGGAGGAGGAGGCGUCGAAGGCGAAGCCGUGGCCUUGGGCCUGGGAGUCGGGGGAAGCCGGAGGCUGGUGCAGCCGCCGGUGGAGAUCGAGUUCAGCCAACUGAGCCUGGAGGAGAUCAUCGGGGUGGGCGGCUUCGGGAAGGUGUACCGCGGCACCUGGCGGGGGCAGGUGGUGGCCGUCAAGGCGGCCCGGAGAGACCCGGACGAGGAGAUGGGGGCGACGGCCGAGAGCGCCCGGCGGGAGGCUCGCCUCUUCUCCAUGCUCCGGCACCACAACAUCAUCUCGCUGCGGGGGGUCUGCCUGCAGGAGCCCAACCUCUGCCUGGUCAUGGAGUACGCGCAGGGCGGGGCUUUGAACCGGGCCCUGUCCGGCCGCAGGAUCCCGCCGCACACGCUGGUCAACUGGGCCGUGCAGAUCGCCCGCGGCAUGUGCUACCUGCACGGCGAGGCCAUCGUGCCGAUCAUCCACCGCGACCUCAAGUCCAGCAACAUUUUGUUACUUGAGAAGAUUGAAAAUGACGACAUUGCUAACAAAACUUUGAAGAUCACAGACUUUGGCUUAGCAAGGGAGUGGCAUAAAACAACCAAAAUGAGUGCAGCAGGAACCUAUGCUUGGAUGGCUCCAGAGGUUAUCAAGUCGUCCUUGUUUUCCAAAGGCAGUGAUGUUUGGAGCUAUGGAGUGCUGUUGUGGGAGCUGUUGACAGGAGAAGUUCCUUAUCGUGGGAUCGAUGGUCUUGCAGUCGCAUAUGGAGUUGCUGUGAAUAAAUUAACGCUUCCUAUUCCAUCGACGUGUCCUGAACCGUUCACCAAACUAAUGGAAGAGUGCUGGGAUCAGGAUCCUCACCUUCGUCCGACUUUCGCUACCAUUUUGGAGCAACUCACUGCUAUUGAGGAAACGGUCAUGAUCGAUAUGCCCCAAGAGUCCUUUCACUCCAUGCAAGAUGAUUGGAAGAUGGAAAUACAGCAGAUGUUCAAUGAGCUCAGGACAAAAGAAAAAGAGUUGCGAUCACGGGAAGAGGAGCUUACAAGAGCAGUGUUGCAGCAGAAGUCGCAGGAGGAGUUACUGAAGCGUAGGGAGCAGCAGCUGGCAGAACGAGAGAUUGAUGUCUUGGAACGUGAGCUAAACAUUCUCAUCUUUCAGCUAAACCAAGAGAAGCCAAAAGUGAAGAAACGGAAAGGCAAAUUCAAGCGAAGUCGACUAAAGUUAAAAGAUGGGAACCGAAUCAGCUUACCUUCAGAUUUUCAGCACAAGAUCACUGUGCAAGCGUCUCCUACUCUGGAAAAGAGGAAAAGCUUAAAUGGCAGCAGUUGUAGUCCGCCAAGUAGCCCAACCAUCAUCCCACGACUCAGAGCCAUCCAGCUGACCCUUGAUGAAAGUAAUAGAACCUGGGGAAAAAGCACUGUCUACCGGCAUGAAGACUAUGACGAAGACGUCCAGAAAGCUUGUAAGAAGAAAGGUCGAACUUGGGGUCCUAGUUCUAUGCAAACCAGGGAACGUGCCAGUUGUGAAGAAAGGACAAGGCCUUUAUCAGAUGGAAACAAUCCUUGGUCUACAAGUUUACUGAAGACUCCAAAUAUCCUGUUAACCUCAGUCUUUGCAAAUGCUGCAGACCAAGGGAGUGCUACUGAGCAAAUACGAGCAAGUGAAGACUAUGAAAACCGACCAAAGCAGUCCACAUUAACUAAUCAGGUGUACAUUGAUCUACCUCUUCGUAAAGAUCAUCAGGGAGAGGGAGACGGUGGCAGCGAAAGUCAGGAGGAAGCAACACCAGUCAGUUCAGCCAACAGUACUCCACAGAUCACUCCCACUAACAGCUUGAAGCGUGUAACACAGAGGAAGAAAACUGAUAUGGUGUUUUAUGGGUGUGCCAUGUUGCUUGCAUCUGUAGCCUUGGGAUUUGACAUUCGAGAAGUGAACAAGCUCCAGGCAUCAGAGGAAAUUGAGGUCAAGGAGGAAAAGAAGAAAAAAGAGGGUAUCUUUCAAAGGACAAGUCGAUUUCGCAGGAGCACAAGUCCUCCGAGCAGAAUGUCAACUAAGAAAGACGAUGCAAACAUUCCUUCACUAAACUCUCAUGCUGUUAAUCUCUUGUCAAUGUCUUCCAUAUCUGAAUGUAAUUCGACACGCUCCUUGCUCCAUUCGGACUCUGAGGAAUUAUCCAUUUCUAAUAUCCCUCCUGGAACUAUUAUCCAAACUCCAAAAGUCCUGACUGGCAAUCCUUUAAAAAGUUCUGUAAAUGGGAUCCACAAUCCAGAUGAGUCUCCUUCAUCAGACAUUGAUGCUUCUGUUCCUGUUCCUCAUGAAGAUCACCAGGCUGUGUCUGAAGAAGGAGAUGCUAAACAGAGUGCAUGUCACCACAGACGGAUGCCAUCAGAUGGAAGCAAAGCAUUAACAGACACUAAUGGAUUCACCGACUCCAGCCCACUUAGAGAGUCAUCACAAUUUCCACGUCUUCCAGAUCCCAAAUCCAUGUACCCAGUUUCUGUGAGACAAAGAACUUCAAAAAGAGAUAGUACACCUGAGAGACCCAAGUCUGGGGAUAUGGUAGCUAGACCUCGACCUUCCUUAUCGCGAAACAGAAGAGAUCCUUGGAGAUUUGUUUCUCGUGCUAUCAGCCGAAAUGAGUCUCCAGAUAGAUCAGGAGAUGCUACACCUGCAGGUUUUGAUGUACUCCUCACUGCCGAGCGUCAAACUAGUUUGCCUUUUGGUGCCUGUUCCCUACUUGACAUGGAUAUGGAAGGCCAAAGCCAGGAUGGCACAAUACCCCUCUGUAGAAGUGAAUCGAAGUCUUCUAGACCAAGUGUCUUUCAACUGGAGAAAGAGUUUCUAUCUUAGCACUCACUGCCUUAGGGAUAGGACCUGCAAAAUUACCUUUUAUUUCGGAGAGUGAUUUAUAUGAAUGCGAAGGACAUUGAUAUAUAAACAGAAUGUAAAUUUUUAGGUGUGUUGUGAUGCUUUUCUACUGUAGACCUAUGGGUCUUAUUAUUAGACUAGCUGAGGAAUGUCUCUUGUACAAGGUCUCUGUCCAGAUGAUAUUCAUGUUCAGCUGGUUUUGAUCUUGAUCUUGCACAGAAGGGCUGUUUUUAUUACUCCUAGCUCUGACUUUUCAGAUUUGGAAAAAGGAGUGCAUACAAUUGCUGCCAACCUCACGAUCAAUUACUGCACGAAACUGAAGGAUCAGUUUUGCACGAAGCCCAUGGUAUAUUGCACUUUGAUUAUUACGCAGCAACAAAAUUUCAUCUGAGGUAAAGCUGGUUGUGAUUUUUAUAUUGAAUUUGUAACUGAUCGGAUUUUAGUUUUCCACCUAAAGAAACUUGGUUAAACUUCAUGGGUUGAAUCCUAUUGUGGCUUAAGAAUAUUCACUUUCUCUCGCUCUUUAAAUUCAUGUAAUGGAAGUUGCAUUAUUCCCCAGUUGAAUCUGCAUUUUCCCCGCAUUGCUUCAAACCAGUUCUAUACAGAGAUGAUAUCCCAAUUACUG